GUUGGGGUAAGUAAAGAAGGGGGAGGGGACGUACGUGCAACGCUUAGUAGACGAGAGUUUCUUGCCGCUGGAUCCUCAGUCUGAACCUUCGGCUCUUGGUGAGCACGGAAGAGUUUUUGUUAUCUCUUUCAUCCGGUGUUUAGUCGAUGAAGACCUAAAGAAAACAAAAACAAAUCGACAUUUUUUAUUGAGAAAAAGGAAAAAUGUCAACUGCUCCUGUUGGCAAAAAUCAGCGUUCUUCAUCUAUUUGCCUGUCCGGCAGUCAGACAUUUGACGCGAUGAAAGCCAGUGUCGGUGGUAAUAAUCGAGAAAGUUCGUCCGGAUCGGAUUCACCCGAAGUCCGUCGAGAAGUGAUUACCAACAACCACAUCGGUAGAUCGGGUCCGGUUGGCAGCAAAUCCCGUCAGAGCGCCCGACGCUCGAAAAGUGAGCGGCUUCAAGGAGCCAAUAAGCCGCGUGUGAAACGACGGGAUCUAGCGCUGGAUCUGGAUCGGGCUAAUAGUGGAAGUCUAGCCGGCGGAUUAGCCGGCAACAAGGAACACGAAGAUGCCUAUCAAUCGUUUCUACGUAAAGUUCCCAGCGUCGGCGCCGGAUUGAUGAAUGACUCGUCGUUUAACGAAACUCCGGACGGAUCUCCUCGAGGACUGCGAUCCAUUCGCCAGUCGGCGAGCACAGCGAAACCGCCACUCGGAGCUGGUAGCAAUGCACCGGCCAUUUCCACACCGGAUUUAUCACCGUCUCUAAUUAGAAGGGCUACAGUCAAUCAACGGACGGCUGGUGGCGGCGGAAGCCGAUCACAAUUGGCGAACCGUAACUCUCCGCAAGUCGGCCGGCCUGGAUGCAACAGUACGAAAGAUCAACCGCUCAACAAACGGGCCACUUCCGUCCGCGUUCACGGAGCCAGCAGCUCAAGCUCGGCGUUUCACGUAGCCAAUUCAUCGUUGCGUCGGUCCACUUUCCUCGACGUGCCCGACAGUCCAGGCAACGAUGACGACAACGCCGCCAGUAAUGUGGACGAAGAUUCUUACAGACUCCGUUCGUUCGAUUUGACUCGCAAAGGUGUUGUGAAUAGAGGAGAUUCGUUCCGACGCCGUCGUUCACGCAGCAAUAGUUUGGCUCCCGGCACGGUGCAACAUGAUUCGACCGGUGACGUGACGAAAAAUUACCGAGCAGCUCCUGGUAACGGGUCGAGUGGGGGUGCGUCAACGGGAGAAAAUGUACAAGCUAUCGGAACGGACCAACGGUCAUCGCAUCAGCAACAGCAUCAUCACCAGCAUCACAGCGACGUCAGGACUUAUCGUGUGGCCAUCAUAGGGUCCCAUGGUGUCGGCAAAUCUGCCAUGGUCGGCCAAUUCAUGUCAUCCGACUGCAUUAACGCCUACGACCGAAUCCGGAACGAUGACACUGAUCCAGAGUCCGUCUUUGUCAUGCUCAAUGGGGAGGAAUCAGAACUCGUCUUCACCUAUUGCAGCAAUAUAAAGGUUGAGAUGAAUCGAAACGAACUUCCCGAUGCUUUUGUCAUGAUGUACAGCGUGAUUGACAAGAACAGCUUCAAGACAACUGAAGACGAACUGGCACGUUUACAGAACUGGGACGCCCUUCGUUCCAGGGCAAUUAUAGUUGUCGGAAAUAAGAUUGACCUCGUUCGCAGUCGUGCUGUCUCAACACAAGACGGGAAAUGUCUCGCCUGCGCCUAUCGAGCCAAAUUCAUGGAGGUAUCCGUAGUAAUAAAUCACAACGUGGAUGAGUUGCUGGUUGGAAUCCUGACGCAGAUCCGGCUGAAGGAGGAGCUUCAGAAAGAGAUAGCGGAAGGGCUUGUCGAUCCAUCGACAGUUGAUGGUGCCAACGGGCAAGGCUCUUCCAACUCUUGGAUACGAAACAAGGGUCUAGUACGGGCCAGUAUGAAAGCAAAGCAAAUGUUCACGUGGCUGUUUGGCAAAGACGACGAUCAGCUCGCCAAUUGUGAAAACUUCCAAGUCCUCUGAUUCCCGUGUGCGUUCUCUUAAAACAAUAAAAACAAAACCUCCUGUUCAGAAAAGCCUUUAGAUUAUUAAUAACGAUGGAACUAAAAAUGUGAAAAUCUAGUCAUCUCUUUUAAGGGCACUCUAUAUCACGUAAAGUGCCUUCAACUUUCAACAGCUAAAUAAACAGCUUCCCCAUUACAUUCUUUCUGAAAUGAAUUGUGUUUUCAAACAAAACAUAUAUUGUAGGCCUCUUCUACGUUCUUCCCAUAAAUUAUCACAAAUACUUUUUUUUCUUUUUUUCUUUAUUUUAUUUAUUUUUUACUUUUGGUAGCUCUGUCUAAUGGGAUUCUGUGACUUCUGUCUUACUUAAUUGCAAAUCUAAGCAUUUUUCUGUCUGUUAGAUGGUUUCAGUUUUCACUGUUCUUAAAAUCAAUUUUUAAGGGAAUUAUUAUUUUUAAAGUUGUGUGUUGGAAAGCAUGAAAUCUGGCGCCGUUCUGAAUACAAAUUAUCAAACAAUCGA